GCCCACUAGAUACACGGACCUUUCUGGCUUAUAGGCUAGACCUAGGUAUCCAUUUCACAGAAAUGAGUUAAGUUUCUUUUCCCGUUUUUACCCCGCAAUAAACGACUCCCAGAAAAAAACUAUAAAGGCUUCAACUCAACCCGCCCAUCAUCAUUCGAACUUUCAUAGAUCAUCAAUUUGCAACACAAUGCAUUUCGUCGUACUUUUUGUUGGAUGUGCGCUGUUUUCCGCAGUUUCCAGCAGUAGUACCCCAAAUGGGAAAUGGUGCUACACAUGCAACGACCAGGAUUGCCUCACCGCCGUAAACUGCCUGGGGGACGAUAAUAGCUGUAUCUCCACUAUAACUGACGUCUCAGGCCUGAAGGUUUCCACGAAGGGAUGUGCCAACAAGAGUAUGUGUGCAGCAGCGUCCAUGGCAGCUCAACUGUCAGGUGGAAACGUCAAGAUAGACUGCUGUGAUGGCAACCUGUGCAACGACGCACGGAGCCUCGCUGCGAGCCUGCUGCUCCUGGUGGCCCCCCUGCUCUCUGUCACCCUCUUCCACUGAGAAGCACAGUCCAAUGUUGAUUCACCUAAUCCAAAUAUCUUUCUCUGCCGCUUUCCUCUGUGCUCUGUGCUCACAAUCUGCUCAUCCUCUGUCCUGUAACACCCCUCCCCAUCAUGAUCGCAUCCCUUUGCCAUCUUUGUUUUGUGCCUUUCACAUAAUGUGGUGUCUAGGGGGUAUUUCUUUGUGUGUUUUACAUAUCUCGCUCUGUUUAUCAUGUCUUUUUAUCCACACCCAUAUUUGGAAUGCACAACACACCCCACACUUUCUGUUACGUCUGGGUUGCACUCUCUCUCCCCCUUCCUCAAUAAUCUGACUAUCCUCAAAAAGUGUUCUAUACUGAAGCAAUUUGAACACGCUAUGCACUGUACCCAGAUAUCCAAUUUAUAACUAUUUUGAGUCGUUUAAUGACAAUGAGAAUGUUUUGUUCAAUCAUAAAUUUAAACAUAGAACCACGUAUUUCCAGGGCUUGAAAUAAAAUAUUUGUUCUCAAACUUUUAAUUAAACACAUUUUUUCUAA